UAGAGAAAGCUCGCGCUGAGCGGUGUCUUACCAGACUCAUUCUCAUCGCUGCAUUCUCUGCAUCAGGUCCACUGAAGAUUCUGUGAGGUGUAUGUACUAUGAGCAGAUCUGUGUUUAAUCUGGAGGUCACAGGAGACCAAAGAAAGCAAGAAUGAAAAGAAGGGCAAGAAGUUCAGCAUCGAGGGAAAAGCAGAAAAAGAAAAAGAAAUUUGGUGCGACGUCUCCACCAUUCAUUGAUUACGUGAAAGAAAUUUUGAGAAGGUACCCAGAUGGAGGACAAAUAUUGAAGGAGCUGAUCCAGAAUGCAGAUGAUGCAGGAGCUUCACGUGUGGUGUUUAUUCAUGAUGAGAGACAUUAUGAGACUCAGAGCCUGUGGACUGAAGAGCUCGGGAAGUAUCAAGGGCCGGCUCUCUAUGCCUUCAAUGAUGCCACCUUCACAGAGAAAGACUGGGAGGGAAUCCAGAGAGUUGGCAGAAGCAUCAAGCAGGAUGACCCAACUAAAGUCGGGAGAUUCGGGAUCGGCUUCAACUCUGUUUAUCAUAUUACAGGUAAAAUACACUACAUUAACAGAUUGGCUAAUAUAACUCUUUGGGGUAUUCUACUAAGUGCCUGCUGA